AAAGGGUGUGUGUAAGUCGAUGGCUUGAGGAUCAUUGACCGAACCAUCACAGUAUAUUAAUGCACAUGUUUAUUCUCAAGCAACUUCAUUUUAAAUUCAAAGCGCCUAUCAGUACGAGUGUUAUAAAACCGAAAGAUAAACAAUUUCCUUUAGUUGAUGUUAAAAAUAGAGCUUUUUACUCAUCCAUUCAACACAUUUAAGUUUUAUCCCAGUUUGAAUGGUAGCAUAUAUUUUUUUUAGAAAAAUAAAGUUGGUAACUAGAAUUUAUGGCAUAAAAGUAUAAUAUAUAAUGAAUAGAAGACAGUGGAAAUCAGGCCGGAUUAUUUUGAUCGUCACUGGCGUUAUUGCUUCUUAUUUGUUAAUACGAGUUAGGAAUUAUGAUCAUGAAAUGUCGGUGUUUCUUCCUAAAGUUCAUCCCAACGAGCCAUGGGAAUUUGUCGCUGACUUCAGCAACAUGAAGUAUUUAAAUCCUACUAUUACAGAUUUUUCUGUAAUUGGAGAAAGUGGCAACUAUGAACAUUGGAAAUAUAGUGUAGAAUAUUCGGAACUACUCUCCUAUUGGCCGCAUUUAUCUAAUACAGCAAUAGCGCAUUUCGACGUUAAGUCUAACUCUAAAACCGAUGAAUACUUUAUUUACUCCAAUCAUCGAACUUGUAUGUUUAUGGGUCUUUAUUGUUUGGAUUCUAUAAGCAAAUUUAAGUGUUCAAAAUCGACUGUAACCAAUGGGGCAAAUUGUCUAGAAUCUGUAACUUACCAAUGUCCAGCAUUCCUUUCUGCAUUUUGCAAGCGCGAAGUACUAUAUCAGAGAAAUUCCAUUAAGAGGAACUUACUUCAAAAAUUUCUUAACUGAAGGCAAGGCACAUUGAGACACACGCGACGCAACCCACGCAGGGCAUCACACGCCACGUUUUUGUAUCAUGUAGUUAGCAUUGCACGCCCGCAUAUUAGGACGCAGCACAGCUUAAGCCACGAAUGUGCCAAACAAAACGUGUGUCGCCCAGUGUUCGAGACACAGAUUUCGUGAGCGAAUGUGGCAGAAUAAUUGCAAAACAAUGCAGUAAGAACUUAUUGAGGCUGUCAGAAAAUUUCCUGUUCUAUAUGAUACAAAUGAUCCCUCAUAUAUGAAAUCCAAACUAAAAGAUGACAUCUGGAACACGAUUGCUAAACAUGUUAAAUUAAAAACCUAAAGCGAGGCAAAACAAAGUUGGCUAAAAUUGCGAGGUUGUCAUCCUGAAGCAUUACGUAGACAGAAAAAUACUUUUAAAAAUGGAUCUGCUGCAACCGUGAUAAAACUCUGGAAAUACCAGAAUCAAAUGGAUUUUCUCUAGUCCCUUAUAUGGGAAAUCGACCACGCGAGGGUAACCUAGAUCUCGAAAGCGAAGAAGAACAAACACAGGAUUUGUCUCAAAAUGCAGACAGUGAUACUUCAGUUCAUGAAAAUGAAAACACUGAAAACUUGUCCGCAGAGGAGAAUACCGAAACCGAACAUUUGCUAAAUAAAAAUACAAUAAGUAAUUCUGGUAUUUCUAAAUCAAUGUCGGACACAAUUGUUCAGAAAAAUAAGCAAAUGAAAAAAGAUGAUAUAGCCGGCAUACUGAAGAAAUCGAUGAUUCGACGGAAAAAAAGAGCUGAAGAACGGGCAAUUGAAAGAAAAAAAGCCAGUGAAGAGGCAGUAACGCCUCAACGUGAUGGACUUCAAAAGUUUUUUUUUACUAGCACACCCCUACAGUCUCCUGGUACAGAGGCGCUAGAGACAGUCAGUGCGCAGUCCAAAGACACCGCAUCAUUUUUUCAUAACUCUUCAGUUUAACAAAAAUGCAUUCCAGUGUUAUUUUUUUUUAAAUAAAUAAAUUUUUAGUUUA